AUGAAGUUAUUUGCAUUCCUCGCAUUCCUGAUCCUUGCCCUGGUGGCAGUCCAGGCCGAUCCCCACGGAGGCAGACAUGGAGGAUAUGGUGGCUACGGAGGACCCGGUGGUGGCUACGGAGGACCCGGUGGUGGCUACGGAGGCUACGGAGGAUAUGGAGGAGUCCCUGGUGGUUAUGGAGGUGGAGGUGGCAUUGCCAAUGCCCGAGCCGAUGCAUCUGCCUCCGCUUCCUCUAGUGGGAACGGAGGAGGCUUUUAUCCCUAUUAA